UUUUAGGCGCCCCUGGGGUCGGCGCCAGGGGACAUAUGUACCCACUGCCCCCCCCCUACGCUACGCCUCUGAUUGUAGAACGUUUGAAAGACGCAUUAGAACCCAUUGCUUUUUAAAAUGAUGUACAUGACUGAAUUUGCAGAGGGCCAUACGUGUUUAUAAUAACUGUAAUGACAAAAUAAUUCUAUAAUAUACCGUGUCCGAAUACACGCACAUUUGGUAAGAGUUUAUUUUGGAAACUUUCCAUCAUGGGACGCAUCAUAGAUAGGCUCACGCAUUUGCAAAGUAAUUACGUUUUCUAACAAACAGUUCUGUUUGAUAGCUUUACUUUAUUCAAUAUUCGGGUUUGAUAACUGUGCAUUUUCUUAUUAUUCGAGUUUGAUAACUGUGCAUUUUCUUAUUAUUCGAGUUUGAUAACUGUGCAUUUCCUUAUUAUACGAGUUUGAUAACUGUGCAUUUCUUCGUUAUUCGAGUGGAAAGAUACAUUAUGCCAUGCAUUUAUGCACUUGCGAAUUUUAGAUUUUUAGUUGCCAGAUGUUUGUGCGUGGAUAAUUUCCCCCUAAAUCAAAAUGAAUCGAAUAUUGAAAUGCGGAUGUCGCGCCCUCAAUUGCUGCACCAAGCAGAAGACCCCAGCAGACGAACAACAUGACCAGAGCAAAGGUCUGACCGGUGGGGACGACCCGGAAGCAGAUCUGAAGCCGCCGGAAGAAGCUGAGAGACACACCUGGUCAAGAAAAGCCGAAUACCUUCUGUCUUUGAUUGGCUAUUGUGUUGGGCUGGGGAACGUCUGGAGGUUUCCUUAUGUUUGUAUAAGAAAUGGUGGAGGCGCUUUCCUCCUCCCAUUUUUGAUAUGCCUGGCCGUCAUAGGUUUACCACUGUACUUUCUGGAGGUGGCCAUGGGCCAGUUCAUGUCAAAGGGAGCUUACCACGUGUGGAACAUAUGCCCGCUAUUUAAAGGAAUCGGCAUCGGUCAGAUCAUUGUAGGCUUCAUAAGUUCUUGGUACUACAUCAUCCUCAUCGCCUGGAUCCUCAUCUACCUGGUCAACUCCUUCAAGUCGCCCCUCCCCUGGACACUGUGUGGACAAGAGUGGAACUCUGACCGCUGUGUGCCGCAGGGGAGUCGGGUCCUGCUCUACAACACCAGCACCGUCUUCUACAACAUCAGCAGCAACAACAACAUCAGCAGCACCAGCUACAACAUCAGCAGCACCAGCUACAUAAAUGGCACUCUGGGUUCCAGUCAGAACCAGAGCUCCCAUGAAAUAGACGGACAUUAUAUCACAUUCAAUGGCUCAUUGGACACUUCAAAUCUAAGACCAGCUAGUGAAGAAUUUUGGAUAAAAAAUGUCCUCGAGCUAUCGUCAGGUCUGGAGACCAUGGGUGGUCUACCCUGGCACACGACGGUGGCGCUGCUUGUCGCCUGCACCUGUGUGUUUCUCUGUCUGAUUAAAGGGAUAAAAUCCGUGGGAAAGGUAGUGUACGUGACCGCCACCUUGCCGUACAUACUGAUUACAGUUUUAAUUAUUAAAGGUGCGACAUUGCCUGGUGCAGUGGACGGUGUGCUCUUUUACAUCUGGCCAGAUUUCAGCAAACUCCUACUGAGACAGACAUGGCUGGAAGCGAGUCUGCAGGUCGUGUACUCCCUGGGGCCAAUCUGGGGUGGGUUGGUCACGGUGGCCAGUUACAACAAGUUCAACAACAACUGUCUCAGAGACUCCAUCAUGCUGACCUUCCUGUGUGAGGGCACGAGCAUCUUCGCGGGGUUCGCCAUCUUUACUGUCCUAGGUCACAUGGCUUACAACCUGAACGUGCCUGUGGAUAAAUUUGCUGACACGGGUGCAGGUCUAGCGUUUGUUGUCUACCCUGAAGCCAUAGCUUACCUCCCUGUACCACAGUUGUGGGGCGUCUUGUUUUUUCUCAUGUUGUUUACUGUCGCCCUAGACUCGCAGUUUGUGUUUGUGGAGAUCGUACUCACCUGUCUACAUGACCUGUGGCCAAAGUUCGUCACCAAAAGAAGUCUGCUGGUCAAAAUUGGCUACUCAUCGUUCCAGUUUCUGAUUGGUCUGCCAUUCGCUUCAAGGGGUGGGAUCUACCUCUUUCAACUCGUUGACUGGUACAUCGCUGCCUUUGCUGCCCUCUCCGUUGGCAUCCUGGAGUGUGUUAUUGUGGGAUGGAUAUACGGAGCAGAGAAAAUGUUAAGCGAUGUUUAUUUCAUGACGGGGAGACGACCACCUUAUGUGUUUGUUUUACUUUGGAGAUUUAUCGUCCCUGCUUUAUAUACACUGCUACUGAUCGUCACCCUGAUGACGUAUGAAGCCCCUGUCUUCGAGGGCUACACCUACGGCCCUGGUGGGGUAGCCUUUGGCUGGUUUGUGGCUACCGUCUGGUUCCUGCCCGUCCCUGUCGUGGCUGUUUUAAAACUGGUCUGGGCAAAGGGCAGUAUAUCACAGCGUUUUCGAAGUACAUGUACACCUUCAGAAGAAUGGCGUCCCGGUGACGUCACACGCAGGGGAGAGUACAAAGCCUUCAAGCAGAAUUCCAAUUCCUCACAUUUUAAAUUUCCGUGUCUUAGUUAGUCCAGGCCACAGCUAAACGUGAUUUCCGUCACUGCGUGAUGGCGAAUGUUGCGUUUAGAUUUCUACGACAUAUAUAUAAAAACAUGUUUCUAAAUAUAUUUAAUAUAAUCAUAAAACGGGAUGAUGUGAAAGUAAAAUACUGACACCAUCCCUGUUCUUUUCUCUUAUGUGAUAAAAACUUGGAUUGAAUUCUAUUGUACAACACGAUAGUUUUUUUUUGUUUCUGCUAAGAAUGUAGCCAUGGCAUUAAAAUACUGUAUCGUUUCUUUUUUAUAAAAAAUUUCCUGCAUUGUUUUUAAAGUUGGGAUUUGCGUUAUCUAUAUAAUUGGCCAUACUAUUUUGGCAAU